UCGAUAGAUAUCGAGGUUUCUGGCAGAUCCGGAGGCAAAGAUGUCCGUUGGUGCGGCGAAGCGAAACAUUGUCAAUCGCUCGGCUGGACGUGUCUGUGAGUAAAUAUCAGCUGGAUGCGCAGCGCGAGUCUACGACGACGUGCCGACGUGCGAGCGCGACGACAGUAGGAACGAUCUUUUUCGUUGGUGUGCGAGAGAGACGCGACACGAUGGGUCUCUUCCCGACCUCCUCGCCCUUCGACGCUGACGUCGAAAAAGCAACCAACGAGAACAAUGUAACGGAAGAAUGGGGAAAGAUAAUGGAUAUCUGCGACAAAGUGGGUACCUCCAGUCAAAAUGCUAAGGACUGUUUACGUUCUAUUGUUAAGAGAUUGUACUGUCAAGAUCCUCAUGUAGUCAUGCAAGCUAUAACCUUGUUGGAUGCUUGUGCCAGCAAUUGUGGAAAAGUUUUUCACUUGGAAAUUGCAUCCAGAGAUUUUGAAAAUGAUUUGAGAAAGCUUAUUAACCAUCCACAACCGAAAAUAGUAGAUAAAAUCAAAGCACUUUUGAAAAAAUGGGUAGAAGGUGAUUUCAAGACGGAUCCGCAAUUGAAUCUGAUUCCAAGUUUGUACAAUAAACUGAGAAGUGAAGGCCACGAUUUUUCUUCUGUCUCGGAUACGCCAAAACGUUCUAGUACUCUGAGCAAAGAUCCUAACGUAGUAACAAAUUCACAAGAGGAAUCAGAUAUUGCGAAAGCCAUACAACUUUCGCUACAAGAAAGUAAAGCGCAUACUCAAAGCACUUCAUCGCAUAGUUCGCCAGCUUCUAAAAAAAGUACUAGUUUAUAUCCUAGUGUGAAUUCUGUGCUUGGAGCUUCAAGUACAACUUCAGAAGGCAGGAAAGUACGUGCUCUGUAUGAUUUUGAAGCUGCAGAGGAUAAUGAAUUAACAUUCUUAGCAGGAGAAAUAAUUAAUAUUUUGGAUGAUUCCCAUCCAAAUUGGUGGAAAGGUAGCAAUCAAAGAGGUGAAGGGCUUUUUCCCUCCAAUUUUGUUACUGCUGAUUUGUCCGUUGAACCAGAAGAAUUUACAAAAUUGGAACAUAGCAAUAAGAAAUUAGUGCAAUUUGCAGAAGAAGUAGAAGUUAAAAUGGUAAAACGCGAACCUGAAGUGGUCGAAGUUGAAAUAGAUGAAAAGAAAAUGGAUAGAUUAUUACAUCUACUUCAUGAAGCUGAUCCUCAAUGUGAUACCUCUGAUUCUCAGGAAAUGCUUGAUUUAGAAGAACAAGUUACGGCAAUGGGGCCCUUGAUUGACGCGGCUUUGGAAAAAGUAGACAGGCGGCAUGCGCAGCUUACUCAAUUAAGUUCCGAUUUGGUUGAUGCUCUUAAUUUGUAUCAUACCCUGAUGAGAGAACCUCCGACGCCGUCUGGCUACACUUUGCCUAAAAUGCAGCCGCAUAUAAGUCCAUAUCCAUUCCACAAUCCGGGACCACCACCACCACCACUACCGACGCACAUGUUUAACGGUAUGCCGCCUUCUCCAUUCCCUACUGCAGCUGCCUCAGGUCCGGUGGGGCCGUACAACACAAGUUUGCCGAGCAACGAGUAUAUGGGUCCUACCAAUAUGCCAAAUAUGACUUUACCACAACAUUAUCACGUUCAAUCUAGACCCCAUCAUCCGCCUGGACAUCCACAGGGGUCAUCUUUGCCGCCGCCUGAUCAAAAUAGCCUUCCUUAUCAACCACAGGGCAGAUAUCCACCUCAAAGCGGCCCAGCACCCGGGCCAUAUGGUCCACCUGGACCUGCAGGACCAUCUAUAAAUCAACAAUCACAAUAUGCUCCACCAAACGGGCAACACAUGAUGUAAAGCAAAGCUAUACGUUACAAACUCAUCUUGUACUCUAAUUCAAGUUGUACAAUAUUACUAUAUUAUAAUUAUUUAAAUAAACAUACCCAAAGUAGCCAAAGAUAAUGGGUUUUCAAUAAAAAUUUUAUGUUUGGAUCUAGGCACUACUGUUUUAAGCAUAUAUAAGCGAUUAGAAAAAAAGCAAAGCAAAAA